AACACCCACUUCAGAAACCUCCGUAGGAAGUCCUUCCUAGAAAACCGAGGGGAGUGCGGAAGUUGUAUACAAGUCCUUUCUCACACAAGUUGGUUACACAAAGGACGCGUGAACGGCAUAAACAGAGCACAUUAAAACAACCACCCGAGAUUUAGCUACAUUAUAUAGGCUACAGUAUGGCCACCGCGGACUCGGUGUACAACGCCACAACAACGCAGGAGCCCAAAUCCAAAAAAUGGAUCAUCGUGCCUUCAGAGAACCUGGACAAAGUUAGAUUCGCGGUAAAAGUGAUUGAAGUGCUCUUUUCCUUUGUGGCUUUUGUGAUGGAGGAGGUGGUGUCCAGCUGUUCACAAUGUGGACCACUCUACUUUUUUGAAUUUGUAAGUUGCACAGCCUUGCUCUUCACACUGUUGCUCCUCAUCCUCCUGGCCACACCGUUGCACCAGAGAGUUGGGAUUAACUGCUGGCCUACUCUGGAUUUUGGAUACACAUCAGCCAUGGCAAUCCUGUUUCUCCUUGCUAGCAUUGUGUUUGCGGCAGACAGUGGUCAAACGGGUCUGGAGCAGGGCGCAGUGGCAUUUGGCUUCCUGGCCACAGUGGCCUUCUUCAUUGACUCUGGUUUGUUUAUAAAAAAUCGCGGUAUUCCUUGCGGAAAGGGAAACAAUCAACAAGCAGACCACACAUCCAGACCAGAGAGUGAGAAACUUAAUGCUAAUGGAACUGAGCCGGUGAACUGAAGCAUUUUACCAGCAGUCUGCUGCCGUAUUCAAAAGCUUUUUCUCAUUUGUCAAACAAUUUUUUUAUACAUGAGAAAUUUUUACCCAAAGCGAAAAAAAAAAAUCUUAAUAUUUCCAUUUCAGUCAGUUACUAACUGGCAUGUUUUUUAUUGUGCCUGAAUAAUUUUUUUAUAUUUUUCAUAUGUAGUAAUUUUACAAGUAGACAACAUUCUUACGUAGUAAUUUCUCUGUGUGGUGGACCGUUUUAUUUUGCCACUACUAUUUUCACAUGGAUGUCCUUUUGUAAAGCAAACAAAAAAUAUUUUGGCCGUACUGAGUAUACUUUUGUAUGAUUACACAAAGAAAGUCAUCACAUCCUUAUUGGAGUGUAUGUGCUGCACAGGUUUUGACAAUUUAUACUUAUGAAUUAACAAGUACAAAAAGAUGCACUGUGUUUCUUAAAGAAGUACUCAUUCCUGAUUGUUUUUAUAGUUAUAUAUGCAUUCCUGAAAUAAUAUAUUUUGGAGAAAAAUCAGGGUUUGAUCAUGUUGACAAUAAUGAUUUAUUAUUAUCUGUUUUAUGGCACAGGAAUAUGAAUAUAAUAUUAGAUAAGAGGCUAAAAAAAAAAUGAUGUAAUUUUUUUUUUUUAUUUUUGCUGUGUAAACAUGUGAUUUUAUUUUUGUGUAGAUGUUUUUUGGUGUGCUUUUGAUUUUAAUUGUGAUGGCAAGAUGAAUAUGUUAUGGCCCUGUGAUUAUCAUGUUUUGCUCUGCAAGGGACGUCAGGGGUGUACAGUCAUAGAUUAUUAUUUUUUUCUUUUAUUGAAAUGUCAUUUUUGUAUUGGGUGGAACUACAAAUGUAAUAUAUUUCUUUUGUGUUUUAUCUUGUUCCAUGUGAGCCCAGAUCGUGUUUUUGUGAGCAUGUUGAUCUAUGAACAUGAAGCGUUAAAUCUAAUGGAAGUUUAAUACCCUGACGGAUAUUUGUCUUUAUUUGGAGGUAUGUGCGUUUAGGCCCAAAUGUGUUUGUUUAAAUGCCCGCGGAGAUGAAUGGACUGCAAGUUUUCUGAGACACUAAUCUGCCUUACGCUUCCACCCUCCUGUGCUGUACAACUGACGGCUGCUUUCAGUGUUAAGCAUUGUGUAUAUUUUAAAUCCUGAUAUUGUGUUGAUGCUUUAAGAAAAGCCACUUUCUUAUUAAUCCAUAUUAAGAUAUGGAUCAAUCAUCUGGUAAAUUGAAUUAUUGCUGAAGAUUUUGUUUCUACACAAGGUCACAUGGAACAUUUUACAGCACUGUUUUUGUAAACAUCUCUGCAUUCCAGUUAAGCAAUAAAUAGCUUCUGAAUAUCA